AUGGCGGAUGAUGCCGGUGCAGUGGGAGGGCCUGGAGGCUCCGGGCGCCCGGGAAUGGGAACCCGUGGUGGUUUCCGCGGAGGGUUUUGUAGUGGCCUGUGGGGCCAAGGUCGUGGCCAUGGCCAUGGCCGGGGCCAAAGCUGCGGAGCUCAUGGAGGCAAAGCCGAAGAUAAGGAGUGGCUUCCCGUCACCAUGCUGGGCUGCCUGGUCAAGGACGUGAAGAUCAAGUCCCUGGAGGAGAUCUAUCUCUUCUCCCUGCCCAUCAAGGAGUCCAAGAUCAUUGACUUCUUCUUGGGGAUGGCCCUCAAGGAUGAGGUUUUGAAAAUCAUGCCUGUGCAGAACCAGACGCGUGCUGGCCAAUGGACCAGAUUCAAGGCAUUUGUUGCCACUGGGGACUACAACAGCCACGUUGGCCUAGGUGUGAAUUGUUCCAAGGAAAUGGCCACCACCAUCCGUGGGACCAUCAUUUUGGCAAAGCUCUCCAGUGUCCCUGUGCAGCGAGGCUACUGGGGCAACAAGAUAGGCGAGCCCCAUAGUGUUCCCUAUAAGGUGAGUGGCCGCUGUGGCUCUGUGCUGGUGCGCCUCAUCCCUGCACCCAGGGGCACUGGCAUAGUCCCAGCCCUUGUGCCCAAGAAACUGUUGAUGAUGGCUGGAAUCGAUGACUGCUACACCUCAGCCAGGGGCUGCACUGCCACCCUGGGCAACUUCGCUAAGGCCACCUUUGAUGCCGUCUCCAAGACCUAUAGCUAUCUCACCCCUGAGCUCUGGAAAGAGACUGUGUUCAGCGAGUCUCCCUACCAGGAACUCACUGACCACCUGGUAAAGACUCACACCAGAGACUCUGUGCAGAGGAUCCAAGCUCCAGGUGUGGCCACCUCAUAGUGGUUUUUAUACAAAAAAAAUAAAGUGAAUUAAGCCUGUUUAAAAAAAAAUUAACAUUGCCACUCCUGCUCUUUUGUGAUUGUUGUUUGUUUGAUAUAUUUUUUUACAUCCUUUGAGUUUUAGUUUGUUUGUGUCUCUAAGUCUGUGUCUCUUGUAGGUAGCAUGUAGAUGGAUCUUUUUUUUAUCCAUUCUGCCACUCUCUGUCUCUUUAUUGGUGCAUUUAGUCCAUUUACAUUCAGUUUAAUUAUGGAUAGAUAUGAGUUUAGUGCUAUCAUUUUGAUGUCUUUUUUUUUAUGUGUUGUUGAGUUUCUUUUUCCCACUUAAUUUUUUGUUCUGAGUAGUUUAUCUUUAUAUAUUUUCUUUUCUUCUUAUUCAUUGUUGUUAAUUUUGUUUCUGCUGAGUCUCUAUUUUUUCCUUGUAUUUUAUUUUCAUGAGUAGGAUUAUUAGUCUCCUUUGUGGUUACCUUAAUAUUUAACCCUAUUUUUCUAAGUUUCAACCUAACUUUUAUUUCUUUAUAUUGUUUUGUCCUUCUCUAGAUAUGAAAGAUCUAUGUCUACAUUUCUUCACCCUUCUUUAUCAUUUUAAUGUUGUCUUCUUUUACAUAAUGACAUCGCUGUUUCCCUGUUUUGAGCAUUUUUUUAUCUUGAUUUAUUUUUGUGGUUUCCCUGUCUGGGUUUACAUCUAGUCACUCUGUCUUGUGUUCUAGUGUUGGGCUGAUAUCUGAUAUUAUUGAUUUUCUAAACAGAGAUCUCCCUUUAGUAUUUCUUGUAGUUUUCGUUUGGUUUUUACAAAUUCCCUAAACUUCUGUUUAUCUGGAAAUGUCCUAAUUUCACCUUCAUAUUUCAGAGACAGUUUUGCUGGAUGUAUGAUUCUUUCCUGGCAAUUUUUUUCCCUCAAUGCUUUUUAUAAGUCAUCACAUUGCCUUCUUGCCUGCAUGGUUUGUGCUGAGUAGUCUGAGCUUAUUCUUAUUGACUCUCCUUUGUAGGUGACUUUUCAUUUACCCCUAGCUGCUCUUAAAAUUCUCUCUUUAUCUUUGGUUUUGGCAAGUUUGAUUAUAAUAUGUCUUGGUGACUUUCUUUUAAGAUCUACCUCAUGUGGAGUUCGAUGAGCAUCUUGGAUAGAUAUCGUAUCAUCUUUCAAGAUAUCAGGAAAGUUUUCUCCCAACAAAUCUUCAACAAUUCUCUUUAUUUUCUGUUAUCACUCCCUGUUCUGGUACUCCAGUCACUCUUAGGUUAUUUCUCUUGCUAGAGUCCCACAUGUUUUUUAGGGUUUCUUCAUUUUUUUUAAUAUUUUUAUCUGAUUUUACUUCAGAUAUAUUGGUGCCAAGUGUUUUAUCUUCAAUCUCACUAAUUCUGCCUUCCACUUGCUCAAUUCUGCUCCUCGCAGUUUCUAAUGAAUUGUCUAAUUCUGUCAUUUUAUUUUUAAUUUUCUGAAUUUCUGAUUGCUGUCUCACUAUGGAUUCUUGCAUAUUAUUAAAUUUUUCAUUAUGUUCUUGAAUAACCUUUUUAACUUCCUCAGCUGCUUUAUGUGUGUGUUCCUUGGCUUGUUCUGCAUAUUGCCUGAUCUUCCUGAUGUUGUUCCUGAUGUCUUGAAGAGUUCUGUAUAUUAAUCUUUUGUGUUCUGCAUCCUUUGUCCAGAGGAUCCCUCGAUUCUUUGUUUUGAGAGCUUGUUGAAGCGAUCAUGAUCUGCCUCUUUAUGUGAUUUGAUAUCGACUGUUGUCUCUGAGCCAUUUAUAAGUUAUUAUAUUAGUUUAUUUUAUGUUUGCUUACUGUAUCCUAGCUUCUUGCUUUAUUUUGUUUUGAUAUGCCCAAAUAGGUUGCUUGAGUGAGCUAGCUUGAUUAUUUUUUGCCUUUGAAGCUCUGACUUCCUGUCAUCAGAUGGCUAGAGCUGUUAUCAUGUAUAUGAGCCCAGAAGUCCAUUCACUUUUCUUGUAUGGAUUCAGCUCAGGUGUCCAGGUAGUUGGUGAUCAAGUGUGUGGUACAGGCUCUGUCCUACAGUCUUAGAAGGGCAAGGGUUUUUGGUGUAGGUACAAUUAUUUGGUUGCAGCAGGGGUCACACUCUGAACAAGGCAGAGGGCUGACAACCAUCCCCCAAGUGUCUCUGAGGGAAGCACGUCCCUGUUCCCUAGAGUGCACAGGUGGGUGGGUUCUGAAGACGGACCAUGGGCACCCAAUGCUUUUGGUUGUAAGGACUGGGAGGUACCGGUUAUCCUUGGACCUCUGUCAUGGGUGCCUGGGUGAUGUGGGUGAGCCAUCUGUCCUUAGGCCCCUGAUAUGGGUAGGUGAAGACCCUGUUUAAUAGGCAAAGUAGUGUCAAACAUUUCAACACCCACCUCUCUGCUGCACAGCUGAAACUGUUGCAAUCUGCCAACAAGGGCCUAUUCCCCUGAAAUAGGCCCACACAGGUCCAUGUGGGGUGGUGGGGGAGGGAAGGUAUUCUAAGUUCAUGGACGUUUUAUGCCUGAACAGAAGCUGCUUCUGAUCUGAGCUCCCCAUGUUAGUAGAACUGACAGAUUAUGUUUUUCUCCAAUUGUGAGUUUAUUCUUUCUCCAAGGAUGGGAGAAUGGCUCAGGAUGCUCAGCAGGACCUAUCUCAGGCUCAGGGAAAUCAACAGCCAUCGAAGAUGGCCUGGGGGUUGGGGGUGUGGUAAAAUACAUGCAAUUACUCGGCUUUUCCCAAGAGCACUGUUCUUCUCUGGUUCUGGAGGUGUGAGCAGGCUGUGCAGCUGGCUGUCUCUCCCUGAGGAAACUGCAGCUGGAACACUACUGCCAGCCUGCUGCAGUUGCUCCCGGUAAUGUGGCCUGAGGGUUCCCGGCGAUUGAGAUCUGGCAACUCCUCUAUGCUUUUGAACGCUUUCUCCCUCCCCUUGCCACUCAGUCUGUUUUUAAGUUUUCCUUUGAUGUUCAGGGCUCCUAGCUUGUCAUAAAUAUAAUCAUUUCACUUGUUUUAUCGGGUCUUUGUUGUAAGAGGGAUCAGUGGAAGCAUAUGACUACUCCGCCAUCUUGGGCCCACCUCCUCCUUUAUUGAUUUCAAACCAUGCAAUAUCCCCUUGUUCUGUUAGAAUGACUGCCUCUUGAUCUGUAUACAGGUUCUGUAUGACAACAAUUAUUGUUCUGAAAUUUCUAUUCUUCACAAUGUUAUCCAUAAUUUGUUAUGAUCCUCACAGUCAAUCAUAACAAAUAAUAGGUUGUUAUAAUUGGUUCUUUUUUUGGGAAAGAGGGACACAGGGAAAGUCACAGGUUGAUUUUUUUAAGGUUAAUUAUCCAUGGAAAUGCCAGUGGAAAUGCCACCUGCUGCAAUUCCUCAAGGUCUGAUUGGAAGAGAUGGGAAUUGCGCAAAGGUUUUUUUCAUUUGGAGCUUUGUGAUGUUGGCAUGUCCAGCAUUCAGGAAAAUUGAUGGCAGUGGCUAUUUGUAAAAGGUUAUUCGUUAUGUAAUAGGUUAUAUUACAUACCUUAAAAUAGGUAAUUAAUUUUUAUAAUGUAGCAGUAUAUGCAUACAAUGAAGUACUAUAUAGCAGCAAACAA